AUGGUGCGACAUCAAGGCGCUCGAAACGCUGUCUCAAAUAUUGCAUUUGUCCGAACACGCUUCGCCGUGCCCGAUCCACCUCGUCUAACAAAGGCUGAAGCAUUAGGAACUGAUGAGAUUCUGCUCGAGUGGGAUCCACCACUACAACCGAAUGGCGAUAUUUCUCAUUACGUGGUCAGCUGGAGAGCAAUGGAUGAUGUGCAUAUAAAUCAACAUAUGGGAGCGGCUGUUUGCUAUGAUGGU